GAGAGCUGGGAGAAAGGAGAAGCAGAUCGUCAACCAUGAGCUCCAGCCAGCCAGGGACCUGCCCGUGCCAAGGGGCUGCAGGCCGCCCAACGAUUCUGUAUGCACUUCUGAGCCCCAGCCUCAGGGACCAGCCCUCCAUGCCCCCAGCCCGUAGCCGCUGCCUGUGCAGGCAGCACCGGCCUGUCCAGCUGUGUGCUCCCCAUCGCACCUGCCGGGAGGCCUUGGAUGUUCUGGCCAAGACGUUGGCCUUCCUCAGGAACCUGCCAUCCUUCUGCCAGCUGCUCCCCCAGGAUCGGCGGCAGCUGCUGCAGGGCUGUUGGGGCCCCCUCUUUCUUCUUGGGUUGGCCCAAGACACUGUGACCUUCGAAGUGGCCGAGGUCCCAGUUCCCAGCAUACUCAAGAAGAUCCUGCUGGAGGAGUCCAGCAGCGGUGAAGGCAGUGGCCAGCUGCCUGAUCGGCCCCAGCCCUCGCUGGCUGCAGUGCAGUGGCUUCAGUGCUGCCUGGAGUCCUUCUGGAGUCUGGAGCUGGGCCCCAAGGAAUAUGCCUACCUGAAAGGAACCAUCCUCUUCAAUCCUGACGUGCCAGGCCUCCACGCCUCCUCCCACAUUGGACACCUGCAGCAGGAGGCUCACCAGGCGCUGUGGGAGGUCCUGGAGCCAUGGUGCCCAGCAGGCCAAAGCCGCUUGGCUCGUGUCCUUCUCACGGCCUCCACCCUCAAGUCCAUUCCACCCAGCCUGCUUGGGGAUCUCUUCUUUCGCCCUGUCAUUGGAGAUGUUGACAUCGCUGGCCUCCUCGAGGACAUGCUUUUGCUGGGCUGACCUGCUCCAGCCCAAGCAGAGAUCAGGUGUAGGCUGGGCAGAGGCUGGCGGCACUGAUUCAUGGCCUGGCUGUCCCCCGGGGUGAGCCACUGCUCCCAAAGGGGCAAGCCUGGGCAGACAGCACUCGGCGCCCCAGGAGCAGCUGGUCCUGGCCCAGCCAGAUGAGCUAUGGGGCUCUCAUUCAGCCAUGCCCCAUCUUGGCCUUCCUUGGUUUGGACCAGUACUUUAGCUGUCUGCCCAGCCCUUGGCGAUCCCAGAGCCUCUGGGCCAAGGCUCCUGUCCCCUCCUGGGACAGAGUUGGAAGUUUCAACUGCUCAUUGGACCAGGAGUCCUA